AUGGCAUCUCUUCUCCGCGGCACCGCAUUCAUCACUGGUGCUGCUUCUGGUAUCGGCCAGCAUACAGCACUGGCUUUUGCAAAGCACGGCAUCAAUCGCCUGGCACUCGCGGACAUGAACCAGGCGACCCUCAGCGUCACCACUGAUCUCCUCCGCCGCCGCUAUCCUGCUGUCAAGCUUCUCCCUUUAUCCCUCAACGUUCAAAAUGCCGUUGAGAUUAGGUCUGGCAUUGCCGCAACCAUUUCCGCCUUCGGCCGCGUAGAUAUUGCUGUGAAUAAUGCCGGCAUUGGAGGCAGUGGGCGCGCCACUCAUGAGAUCGAUGAAGCCGAGUUUACAAAAGUUCUCGAUGUCGACCUGCAUGGCGUGUGGCGUUGCCAGCAAGAAGAGAUCAAUGCCAUGCUAAACCAAGAAGAUUUGGGAUCCCGUCGAGGUCGUGGUACCAUCAUCAACGUGGCAUCCAUGUUUGGCAUCAUAUCGCCGUCUCGAUUCAUGUCGCAUACAGCAUACACAACCGCAAAGCAUGGAGUGCUUGGUUUGACGAAAGCUGACGCCAACACAUACGGUCCAAAAGCAAUCCGCAUCAACGCAAUCUGCCCAGGCUACGUCGAAACACCGCUUGUCCUUGAGACAAUGGCCCAGGAUGCCGAAUCACCCCUUGCCCGAGAUAUCAGCCGAACACCUUUGGGCCGCAUGGCGAAAUCCGAGGAAAUAGCAGACUGCAUCACAUUUCUUGCUUCUGAUAUGAGCAGCUUCAUGCAAGGCGCCGGCCUGGUGGUCGACGGAGGGUUUACGGUCCAAUAG